AUGAUCAAGUGCUUUCUUUUCCUCGCGCUUGCGCAUGUAGAGUACGGAGGCGGCGGCGCCCUUCUUGUUUCGGCUGCCGACAUUCUGACCAGAUCAACACCGCUGAUCCCGGGCUAUGACGAUCAGCCAGGAUUCGGCCUCAGUAAAAUGAUUUCUGUCGCCGACGUCUCCGAUGCUGCUGAUGGCGAGGAUAGGGGGUUGCAAGAGUUCUAUUUGACGAUGAAGGAGGUCUUUGCUCGUUUUCGUUCAAGAGUUACAGAAUGGUGUCGCAGCAUGGGCAUCAUGAAGAAGAAGAACGUUAAGGCGACGUUACAGGAAGAGCUAGAGCCUUCGAUCCCCUCCCAGACGAAGCAGAAGACGGCAAAUCUCGUGCAAAAGCUGGACCGCAAGUUCCCGGCCCAGUCGAAGAAGCUUCGUGGCGCAGCUAUGCAAGUGAUGAAGAAUGGCAGGGCACGCAAAUUUGAGAAGGCUCGCGCGCGUGCUCAACUAGGGAUCAAGAAGGGCGUAUCGUUCGAUCAAAUGUUCAAGAAGCAUGUUACACCGAACGCAUACGAUAUAGAACUUCUGCCAAACCAUGGGGUGACGAAUCCGCUUAACGAUCCUGGGUAUGAUCAUUCCAAGGCACAUGUGAGCGCAUACCGGACAUAUUACAAUGAGCGGGUUCGGUUGGAGAAGGAACGAAGAAAAAAGCGUAGAUGA